AUGGAAAGGUGGAAAGGAUAUUUCAAGGAACUUAUGAAUAUUUCUAAUGACAAAUAUUUCCUUCCCGAUAUUAAGCCAAACAUAAGUAUGGUCGAACUCUUUCAGGAGGAUGAAGUUAGGACGCAAAUGAACAAGAUGCAAAAAGGAAAAGCUAAUGGCCCAGAUGGAAUUCCUAUGGAAGCAUGGGUCGGAUGCCGAGAAGAAGGAGUCACGACCAUGACGAACCUCUUUAACAAGAUAUUGGGAGAAGAACGAAUUCCUAAUCAAUGGAGAGCAAGCACGAUUAUACCCUUAUUCAAAGGCAAAGGAGACCCUCAGGAGUGUGGUAAUUACAGAUGUAUCAAGUUAACUUGCCACUCCUUGAAACUUAUGGAAAGGAUCUAG